AACACGCAAUGAAUCCCCCACGUCUAUAUAAUGUCGCCAUAACAUUAAAAAUAAACACGAGAACGAAAGACAAACCAUGAACCACUCAACCGAUUGUAUCGUAUCAAAAAUAGAAUCCGAAUAUCCACGAAACAUAUGAUUGCAAGCAAAAAACGCGUGAAAAACACCACGCGACACCCAAACCGGCCAGUCCUACGUACACCCUAGCCCUCUGCAGACGCGCGCGGGAACUUUUUAAAAAGUAAAAAAUCUUGUCGUUGAUGUGUGAGUGAUGGAAUUUAAAAAGUUGUUUCGGCGGGAAAGCGCAAGGAUUUUGACAGAUGACGGCCGCUCUGAACAGUUGUCGUAGACGCUGAGUGCUGUUGGGACGCUCGACCGAUGGGCAAGACCUCCGGCGGACGAGAGCCUCCACGACCACAGCGGAUAGCGCACAGAAGAUGCCAGCGUCCGGGGAGUGAGCUGCGGCGCAGCGUCGCCCUAAAAGACUUGCAGCUAGAGGGCCGAGGCGCGUGGGGAGGGCGCGCGCGCGGCGCCGGCGCGGCGCGGCCCGGCUGGCGGCGGCGCGAGCGGGACCAACCGCGCAGGCCCAUGGAGAUGCUAACCAGCCUCUACGCUCUGCUGUCGGGCGGGCAAGGUGUCAACCCUAAGAUCGACUCGAUUGCCUUCCGGCUGCACUGCGGCGCGACGACGGCAGCCCUGCUGGCCGCCAGCGCGGCUCUCACCACGCGCCACCUCGUUGGGAACCCUAUUGACUGCAUACACACAAGGUUAGUGCUUAGUCCUUAGUCCAUCUAUGCAUCUAGCGAGUGUCAACCCAAGUGAC